AUGUCUAUUAUCCCUCAGUUUCACCGCGGGCCACUUUCAGCGGUCGGCCACCUCUGGGAUGACUAUGAUCAGUUAUUUUCCAACAGACAUAGGGCUAGUCUCCGAAUGUUCGCGCCAUCAUUUGACAUCCGCGAGACGGAAGAGGCAUACCACCUAAGUGGGGAUCUCCCAGGUGUCCAAUCCAAAGAUCUGGAUAUUGAAUUCCAAGAUUCACAUUCCCUCAACAUCAAGGGCCAUACCGAGCGCGAUUCAACUUCUGGUGAAGGCUCUUGGUGGGUGUCUGAACGCUCUGUUGGUGACUUCCAACGAACUUUCAAUUUCCCAUCUGCUGUCAACCAGGAAAAGGUUCACGCGAGCUUGAAGGAUGGGGUCCUUUCCAUGACAGUGCCAAAGACUGAGUCGACCGCUACUACUACGAAGAUCACUGUUGAGACAGAACCUGUGGAAAGCUCUUCGUGA